AUGGACACCACGGCCACCAUGCUGCUGUACGGCAGUAAGCCUCCCACCCCGGAACACCUCCCUAGCACCCCUGUUAAGCCUUCUGAGUGGGGGGCGCCUCCCCACGCGGACCCCUGGACCCCCACUGCCAACCUCAGGAUGCUCAUCAGUGCUGCCAGCCCUGACAUCCGCGACAGAGAGAUGAAGAAGGUUCUGUUUAGGCCCAUUGAGAAUGAGAGAGCAGUGGAGGAUGUCGAGGUGGAUGGCCCGUGCCAGUAUCAUGCUGUAGAAGAGGGGGAAAGGAAGCCCAGCAGGAAGCAGAAGAGCCUGGGCCUGCUGUGCCAGAAGUUCCUGGCCCUGUAUCCGGACUAUCCAACUUCUGACACCAUCAGUAUCUCAUUGGAUGAGGUGUCUACCAGCCUGGGGGUGGAGCGGCGGCGGAUCUACGACAUCAUAAACGUCCUGGAGUCUCUGAUGAUCGUAGGGCGCGUGGCUAAGAACCAGUACGUGUGGUACGGGCGGCGGCGCCUGGGGUCCACCCUGGCCGAGCUGCAGGGGAUGGGCAGGCAGCAGCGCUACCACCUGCACAUGGAGCAGGCCGGGGAGGGCGGUCACAGAGAGGGAGCCACCACACACACCCCAGAGGGAGGGGAAGGAGACUCCACGGCCGCCAGCACCAGGAAAGACAAGUCCCUACGCAUCAUGAGUCAGAAGUUUGUCAUGCUCUUCCUGGUGUCCAGGACCCAGACGGUCACUCUGGACGUGGCCGCCAAAAUCCUCAUCGAGGAAAGCCAGGACCCCGCCAGCCACAGCAAGUACAAAACUAAGGUGCGGCGACUGUAUGACAUCGCCAACGUCCUGACGAGUCUGGGAUUGAUCAAGAAGGUCCACGUCCGGGAGGAGAGGGGGAGGAAGCCUGCGUUCAAAUGGAUCGGCCCGGCAGACUUCCACAGCAGCCAUGAGUACUCGGAGGCUGUGGCGGCCAUCGCUCUUCCGGGUGGCAGGAAACAGAAGCUGGCACGCCAUGCCUCCUUCAGUGUGGUGCCCACCUCCGUGGCCAGCCAACGCCGUGUCAACUCGGCGCCCAGCAGCCCACGCAGAGAGUCAGUGGACUAUUCCAGAAGGUGUGUGAGCAGCAGCGCGGUGUGCCGGCUGCAGUUUGGAACCACGGUUACAGGUGUCUCCCACCCCAGCGGCGGACUUCAGAGCCCCACCCACAGUGACGGCAACUCCCUGCUCUGCUCCCCGGGCCUGGCCCCCCUGGCCGUGCCCGUCCACCCAGAGGGUUCAUACGUGGGACCCCUGUCCCCACAACCCCCAUUUCCCCCCCAUCCCCACCACAUGGCCUACCUACCCAGCCUGUCCCAGGCCUCGGUGGUCAUGCUGUACGGAGGUCCGGCGGCGCAGGAUGGGCUUGACUGCUUUACCACGGAAGUUCAAAGGUCACCGGGGUCAGGGUCCAGAGAGAGCAUCCUGGGGAAGAGGAAGCAGGAUGAAGGAGUGGAGGAGAAGAGGGAGUCGCCUGAGACGGAGCUAUCUGAUAGGAGGAGUGUGGAGGGAAACAGCUAUCAGAUGACCACCAGCCCAAGGACCAGCUCCCUGGGGCACCCAGGGGGGCUCAUCAGGGAAGAGGCCCCAUUGAGAGUCCUCAGAGACGGGGAGGUGGGCAGACAGAGCCCCCACAACAACCUGGUCCAGCCUUCACACUACCUCUAUGUGCCUAACUCUGCAGGUCUCAACAGUCUCAACUUCCUCCUCUCUGCUGGUCAGACGACAGGCGGCCUGACUCUACCUGCUGGCACCCUGCCCUAUGUCCUCGUGUCCUCCUCCACCCUCUCCCCCUACCCACUCAUGGCCAACAGGGGCGAUGCCAAUCUCAAUUUCAACAUGUCUGCCAUGAUGUCCCCCGCCUGCUUCGUGGUGGGAUCCGCCGGGCCCUACGCAGUGGCCGGAGCCCCGGAGUUCAAUGGGGUGGCAGUGGCGCCGGCCCUAUCCAGUCCAGAGCAGCACAGGCUGUUCGGGUCGGCACCCAUACCUCCACAUUCUCCCUUGGAGUCCAGGCCGCCUCUGACCUUCAUCCAGACAGAGACACAGACACCACAGACUCCCAAGGAGGCGGCAGCUGGCGGUGGCUCCAAGGCCUUCUUCCAGACGCCGGGGACCCUGGGAACGGCCACCACAACCCCCGUGGCCCGCCGACGAGGCUCCGCCCAGAGGAGGCUGGACAUCGGCCAACCACUGACCAAUUAGAAGUCUGGGGACCUUUUAGAGUGGGCGUGGCUGUUAGUUAUAACCUGAAAGGCUGCCUAGUGGCCCGAGAGGAAUGGACAAAUGUUUCUCUCCGGCUAAACGUGCUCUGACUGCGCUGGCUCUGGCUUUACUCCCCACUGACUCUCAGGGUUUCUUCUGUAUGACCUGUUGGUUUCAUACCACUGGUGCUUCGCCUUAUUACUAGUGAAUGAAUGCUAGUCUAUACGAUUCCUCC